AUGGCAAGCAAUAAAAGAAAAAUACAAAUUUUGGAAAAUAGAGUAAUUCGCCCUGCAGUUAUUGACAGUGAUAGUGACAGCAGUGAAGAAAUAUUUUCCACUAAGAAAACUAAAAAAGGAUUUGGAAACAAAUGUGCACGGAAAACAAAGCACAAGCGAGAGAGGGAAGAAACGGAAAAUACUGAGGAGGAAGAUGAAGAGCAGGAAAGUGGUGACACAGGCGAUGAUGAGAGUGAUGAAUAUUCUGCAAGUGAAGUUGUAUCGGAUAUAGAUAAUGAUGUUUCAGAGGAAGAGGAAGAUGCACAGGAUAAUAGUGUCAAUGAAUGGGAUGCUGUCACAGAUUUGACACCUGAGUUGGAUGCGUGUACUUUAAAUGAAAGCACUUUUAAUAUUCCUAUAGAAGAUAUAUCUCCUGCAGGGCUGGAGAACAAAUGUCGUGUAGUAAUUGCAGACAAUUUCUACUCUUCAAUUGAAUUGGCGGAAGAACUCUUAUCUCAAAAAACCCGUUAUUGCGGUACCCUAAAUUCGAAGCGAAGGGGGCUACCUAAGGAGAUAGUGUUACUAAAGUUGAAGAAGGGUGAAAUCAAAGGAGCUAUGAAUAAAAAUGGCGUUAAAGUUAUUAAAUGGGUUGACAAAAGGCAACUUCUAAUGAUAUCUACUCUCAAAGAGGACAAAGAUGUGCUUGUCAACACUGGCAAAAAAAAUAGGAAGACGAAUGAAGAUAUAAAAAAGCCUACAUGUGUCUUAACGUAUAAUAACAACAAAAAAGGAGUUGACUUCAGCGACCAAAUGUCUUCAUACUAUUCUACAUUAAAAAGAGGGCUCAAAUGGUUCAGAAAAGUGGGUAUGGAAUAUUUGUUAGGCAUGGCGUUAGUAAACGCGUGGAUCACAUACAACGUGAAAUGUGAUAAGAAGGUUUCAAAAAAGAAUUUACAGAGGCAUUAA